AUGAUGAACCUCACAGAGACUGAGGUAGCGCUGGAGAAGUCAGCUGCUCACCACGUAGAGGAUACAUUGGGCCAUGGGGCAAUUGUUGAAGCAAAGCACGCCACAGAUGAAGAACACGCGCAGACUCUGUGGCAAGGUCUUCGAGACAAUCGGAAAGCUGUGUUUUGGUCAGCAUUAAUUUCAAUGUCAAUCGUUAUGGAGGGCUACGAUAUCAUUUUGAUGGGCAACUUUUUCGGAUACCCUUCUUUUCAACACAAGUAUGGGCAGUAUUACGGCGAAAAACUUCAGUGGCAGAUCCCUGCUCGAUGGCAGACUGGCCUGAACAUGUCUAGUACGGUCGGGUGCAUUUUCGGUGGUAUCCUGAACGGGUAUCUUGCCUCCCGUUUUGGUUAUCGUUUUGUCAUGAUUGUCGCCUUGGCUUUUCUGAACGCUGUCCUUUUCAUCGUAUUUUUCGCCAGCACAGCUACCGUCUUGCUCGUGGGUGAGAUAUUUUGCGGGUUCGCAUGGGGCGUCUUUGCCACCAUUGGCCCAGCCUAUGCCUCGGAAGUUUGUCCCACCAACCUGAGAGGCUAUCUUACCAUUUAUGUCAACAUGUGCUGGGCCAUCGGCCAGCUGAUUGCGUCCGGAGUGUUAUAUGGCUUGGUGAACCGCUCAGAUCAAUGGGGCUAUAGAAUUCCGUUUGCUCUACAAUGGCUGUGGCCUACACCUCUGAUAAUUGUCUGUUGGUUGGCACCGGAAAGCCCUUGGUACCUCGUACGCAAGGAUCGCCUAGACGACGCCAAACACAGCAUUCGCCGUCUCGGAGGCAAUAAGACCGAAGAGCAGAUUAAUGGACAACUAGCUAUGAUGGUUCAUACUGCGAAGAUUGAGUCUGAGAUUGAAUCUGGCACCACUUAUUUAGACUGUUUCAAAGGUGUCGACCUGCGCCGCACGGAGAUCUGCUGCGUAACAUUUUGUUGCCAGAUCUUGUCGGGCAGUACUUUUGCCUACUCGCCUACCUAUUUCUUCGAGCAAGCCGGCAUCGCCACCUCGCAUGCUUUUCAACUUGGCGUUGGCUGCACCGCCAUCGCCUUUGUCGGGACCGUUUUAUCCUGGUUUCUGAUUACAAAGUUUGGACGUCGCACCCUUUACGUUUGGGGUCUCGGUACCCUCUGUAGCAUACUUUUCAUCAUUGGAAUCGUUAAUGCAGCAGCGCACACCAAUGGUGCUAUGUGGGCCCAGGCUGCCUUGUGUUUCGUUUGGCUAUUCGUGUACUCUCUGACCGUGGGCCCGAUCGCCUACGCAAUCGUCAGCGAAACCUCUAGUGUUCGGCUGCGGCCCCUCACUGUCUGUUUGGCACGCACGGCCUAUCAGAUCGUGAAUGUCGUCUCCAUGGUCAUCGAGCCAUACGCCAUGUCCCCCACAGCAUGGAAUCUGUCGGGGAAGACAGGUUUUAUCUGGGGCUGUACUGCACUUGUCGCAUUCAUCUGGGCUUUCUUCCGCCUGCCGGAGCCGAAAGGUCGCACCUAUGCCGAGUUAGAUAUCUUGUUCGCCACAAGGGUCCCAGCACGCAAGUUCUCUUCCACUUCCGUGGAUCCCUACGCCAUCGCGGUCUCCCACUCACAGGAUGGCCUUGUCCAGGAAACAAAGCAAUGA